UUGUGAAAGACAUUAUUUCAAUCAUCUUGUCAUAUGUUUUGAACUAAUAAUUUAAUUCUUUUCUCAAGUGUCUUCUACUGCAGAGACUUACACUGUUACCACUCCAGACACGACUACAGCGAUGGAGUUCAAUUACACCACUCCCAUACAGACCACCGUUCCAUCCACACUGUACACUGCUGACUCAACAACAGGAACAACCUCUCCUUCUCUGAGCCAGAUUAUGUGUCAUGAAGGAUGGGAGGUGUUCCAGGGACGUUGCUACUACUUUGUGAAUGAGGGUUUGACCUGGUCUCAGGCUCAGUCAAACUGUGCCUUGCUUGAGUCCAUGCUGGCCUCUGUCCACAGCACUGAGGAGUACAGUUUCCUCCAGCAGCUGGUCCACAGUAAUGAAAAUACACAAGCUUGGCUGGGUGGUUUCUACUUGCAGGACCAGUGGUUAUGGAUUGAUGGAUCCUGGUUCUACAACAACAGCUGGAGCUUUGAGCUCCCAGAAAGCGCCAACCCCUGCCUAACACUCAGUACUUUUGAGGCAUCGGGCAGUUUACCAUGCAACACUUUCAGCUAUUCCUCCAUCUGUGUGAAGAACUCCAAUGUCCGUAAGUGA